CGAAUUCCUCCGACAGUAGAUAGAAAUUUUGAGCAUACAUACAGAGGUACAAAAAAAUACAGAGCAUCACAAUUCUACAGUAGAAUGGCUGGUGUUCCUAGUAAAGUGCGUGUUUGUAUAAUUGGAGCUGGUGUAGCAGGACUUGGUGCAGCACAAAGACUGAUUGAAUAUGGCAUAGAUGAUCUUGUUGUUCUUGAAGCACAAGACAGGAUAGGAGGUAGAGUUCACACUGUAGACCAUGGGGAAUACCAUCUAGAGAUGGGAGCUCAGUGGAUCCACGGUGAGGAGGGUAAUGUUGUAUUCCAGUGGGCCUCGGAGAAUUCUCUGGUUGACCAGGAAAUGUCCUUAUUGCAAACAGGUGAAAGUUUCUUGUUUUUGAUAGUAGAAGUAUCAUUCCCACCUUCCAUGGUACGGCAGCAACACCCUUCAUGGCGACAGCUGGAGUACCACAAGGCUCUUGCCUCAGCCCUAUACUCUUCAAUAUACAGUCAACCCUCAACUAACAGCGGCAUUAAAUUCAAGACAGAGAAUAAAUGGGGAACUCUUGGGGAAGAACUUCUCGAUUGGAAAGGCCGCUUUACAAAUUGUGUUGAAGGCUCCGACAGCUGGUAUGACCUCUCUGCAAAAGGACAUACACAUUUCCAGGAGUGCCCUGGCAAUCCUGUUGUCAACUGGAAAGAAAAUGGAUACCAAAAUCUGCUUCAUCAUUUAAAGGAAAAACUAGCAUCAUCUCGCUUAUUUCUGAACUCGCCUGUAAAAUCCAUAAACUGGGGUGGCGGUGUUAGUAAAGCCUCAGCUUCUGGUUGUAAGGUGAUGCUCACAUCUGACAAGGUUAUUCACGCAAACCAUGUUAUCUUCACACCUUCCCUCAGUGUUCUCAAGGCUCUUGCUAAGGACAUGUUCACUCCCUCCUUGCCUCUACAAAAAUUAAAGGCUAUUGAAGGCCUGGGUAUAGGAGUUGUCAACAAGAUAUUCUUACAAUUUGCACAUCGCUGGUGGGAUGACAACUGUGAUGGCUUCAGCUUCUUAUACAACCUUCAACAAGUACCUGUUACCAUAACUAAGGAGAAUUGGGAAUACGGACUUUUAGGGUUUACGAGGUGUUUUAAGCAUCCAGAUAUGCUGUGUGGCUGGAUUACUGGUCCUGCAGCCUUAGUUAUGGAGCAGAUUCUGAGGGGAAAAGGUAGCAAACGCUGUGUAGCCCCGUUGCGAAGACUUUUGUCAAAUAAGUUCCAAAUACCAGAUGCAGUCUUUUGUAAGCGGUCAUCGUGGGGAUCUAAUCCCUGGAUCAGAGGAGCGUACAGUUUCCGCUCCAUGAAGACAGAGGCCAUGGGUGUUAAGGCUGCAGACUUGGCACAACCUCUCCUUGACUCAAAUAAUGUUCCUCUUGUGUGUUUUGCUGGUGAAGCCACGCAUAAUUGUUAUUAUGGGACGGUCCACGGUGCCUUGGAGACUGGCUGGAGAGAGGCUGACACACUUAUCAAACAUUUGAAAAGUGUGCCAGCAUAUGUAAGUGUCCAACCAAGCCUUGUACGCAAAAGAUAUAACGUCAUCAUUGUUGGUGCUGGAGCUGCAGGUAUUGGAGCAGCGAGGGAACUUAAAGCACAAAACAUUAACUCUAUUCUUAUUCUCGAAGGAAACGGUCGUAUUGGUGGGCGUGUGAAGACGAUAGAGACAGCACCACAGUGUGUUGUUGAGUUAGGUGCUCAGUGGAUCCAUGGAGAAGAUGGUAAUGCUGUGUAUCAGUUUGCUAGCCCCAGGAACCUCAUCCAUCAUAAGUUGUCUGUAGAUGGUAGAGGUGAUUUCUAUGCUGAGAAUGGCAGACUGAUAGACGAGCACCUGGUAACAGAAGUGCUGGAAGAGAUGGAGGCGGCAGAUGACACCUGCAAGACUUACAACCAUAACAGGCAGUUGAAGGAGCUGGCACACCUCUCAGUGGGCGAGGUCUUCCAUACAAAGUUCUUCAAGUAUCUGGCGUCUUGCAAAAAUGAUGGAGCAUUAAGUUGGAAACUGAAGAUGGCUGUGUAUUAUUGGUGCUUAAGAUGGUACAGAAUUGAUAAUGCUUGUGAUUCCCUUCACCAGCUGUCUGCCAGCUGCUGGGGCAACUAUGUAUACUGCCCAGGUAAAGAUAACAUGAACCCCAAGCAUGGAUUUCUAUCCAUCUUGGCUGCCAUUUUUGCUGAAACAAGAGCAGACUUGCAGCUUAAUAGUGAAGUGGUCUGCAUUGAUUACGCAAAUGAGGUUAUACGCGAGAGAGGGGUAUAUGUGCGCCCAGAUGGUACAACAUAUCCUGUCAUUGUCAAGUGCAAAGAUGGUGAUGAAUAUGAAGCUCAACAUGUGAUAGUGACAUCUUCUGUUGGUUACUUGAAGAAAAACACAAACCUGUUUUCUCCUGCUCUUCCUAAAGUACUUCAGCAGGUGAGUGUUCCAUUAAGAAUGUUUGUAUCUAAUACAACCUUCUAAAUACAGUGGUCCCUCGUUUUUCAUAGUUCUCGGGAAUCAUAGAUUUCGGAAAUCAUAGGGAUAUUUUCGUAUAAAUAUGGGCUCGCUAAUCAUAGGUUGACUUGUGAAUAGUAGUUCGUCCGGGAA